CUUCAGCCGACUCUGUGAGACGAAAUUUACCCCAGCGUCGAAUCACGCCCUCAGCCUUACGGCGGGCCUGCGCUGCUUCAUCAACCUCACCCACCCCUCCCCCUUAUCCCGCGCCCGUCUCCUCCUCAAAUAGCCCUCGUCCGCCGCCUGCAGCCCCGCCGCCUCUGCAGCUGCUGCGUCGGACCAGGCAGCUAUAGCUCUCUGUUUACCAAACACCGCCACCACCACCACCACCACCACCCCCCGCCGCGCACCGGUGAGCGCAACCCCGCUGUCAGCGUCGCCCGCGCGCGCACGGUUUCCAGGCCGCAAGGACACAGGUCCGUCUUCUCACCACCUUGAUUGCGAGGUUACCGGACUCGGCGCCUUCUCUGGAAGAACGGGCUCGAGUGCGGUGACGCCCCCGAAAUCCAGCCUCAUGCCGUUAGUGAUAGCCCUUCCUCAUCGUCGCGCUGUUUCGUCCUCCCGGCGGUCGCUCUCGCGCCGCCCUGUCCGUCGUCGAGCUGCUUCCUCUUCCUCGCGUGUUUCUCGUACAAGCGCCCCCUCCACCAUUUCGAUUUCUCCCAUGGGUAAACGAGGCGACACUAACGUCGAGAUCAACUUUAGGAGAGACAUCACCAUCAGCCACUCGACCGGCUCCGAACACUACUCCUUCACCGACGAAGAAGACUCCUCCGGCGUGCAGGUCUCGUCCGGCAGCCACGAGGACGAGUACACCGAAUCCGACGAGGAGGACGACGAGGAGUGGGACUACAUUGACGAGAUCGAGCCCUCCGACUCUGCUUCGCGCCCCCGCGUGAAGCAUCGCGGCGUCCCGCCGCCCGCGCCUGCCCCUCGACCGCAGGCAUCGCGCCGCAAGUCAUCACGCCACGUACCUGUCCACGAUCCCCCUUCUCGUCCGCGCUCUCAAAGCAGACACACACUGGAUCGCCAACACCGGCCGCGACGGCCAAGGCCCCAAUCCGUCCAUUCGGACAGCCUAGACGGCCACGACGACUACCCGUAUGCGCCUCGGCCUGGACAGUCUCCCCACCACCCUGCCGCCCAGUGGGCACACGUUCCCCAACAAGCUCCUCCUAGCGGAUAUGCGCCCAGCAUGAUGUCGGAUCCGCGGUACAACCCCUUUCCAGGCGGUCCCGCCAACCAAUUGGUACCUUUCGGGAGCCCCGACCAAUAUGGCUAUAACCAGAAUCCUUUCGCUCCCGGGGGCCCGAACCCUUUCGCUUCUCCCCCUGCUGGUGCUGGCCCGAACGGCUACUUUGAGGGACCCGGCGGACAUGGUCGCCGGGGCCAUCGCAACUCAAUGCCCCCGGUCCCAUCUGGCGAGAUGAUGCCGUACGGUUACGCCAAUGGCUACUACCCACCAUAUCCCGGCAUGCCCUAUGGAAUGCCUGGGAUGCCGCCCAUGUACCCUCCGUAUGGCGCUCCCCACACCACGCCUCCACCUCAACACCCUCCAUCGAAGAAGUCCACUCCGGCUCCACCACCACCAGAAAAUGUGAUGGGUGCUCCUCCACCUCCACCGCCGCCACCACCACCUUCUCAGGCACCACCGCCAGUAAUGAUGGCGCCUCCACCGCCUCCACCGCCUGACACGGCUGUGCAGGACAGUAUGCUUGGCAAGCUCGAGAAGCUCCUGCUUGGGAAGCAAGAGAUGGAAGAGAAGAAGGCAGAGGAUCAGAAGUUUUCCCGACUGGAGCAGCUCCUCAUUGAGCAACAGCAAGCUCGCGUCGAAAAGGAAAGGGCUAAGAAGAAGGCCGCCGAGGAAGCCGCUAUCAAAGCCGCUGAAGCUAAGAAGAAGGGAGAUGAAGACAAGCUAGCGAAGCUGGAGAAGCUCAUCCUCGCCCAAAAGGAUGAGCAACUGAAGCGAGAAGCAGCAUUGGAGGCGGCCCGUCAAGCGGAGAAGGCCGAUGCCGAUGCUAAGGCCGCGAAGGAAGCCGCAGAGAAGAAAGCUGCUGCGGAGAAGGCAAAUGCGCUGCUUGAAGCGGCAAAGAAGGCCCGAGAGGAGGCAGAGGCCAAGGCAGCGAAAGAGGCGGACGAAACCAAAGCCGCCCACGAGAAGGCCCUCGCCGAAGCCAAGGCGGCUGCCGAAGAGCUCGAGAAGGCGAAGAAGGCCGCGGAAGAAGAAGCCGCCAAGUUGAAGCCCUCGGAUGCACCGAAGCCCCCGAUCAAAUUCAAAGACGCCGUCGGCCGCAAGUUCAGCUUCCCUUGGCACCUCUGCAAGACCUGGAAGGGAAUGGAAGAGCUCAUCAAGCAGGCCUUCCUCCACGUCGACGUUAUUGGUCCGCAUGUGCACGAGGGACACUAUGACCUGGUGGGUCCUGAUGGCGAAAUCAUCCUGCCGCAGGUAUGGGAGACGAUGGUGCAGCCAGAUUGGUCCAUCACGAUGCACAUGUGGCCCAUGCCCGAGCCUCCACCACCUCCCCCAGGGCCGCCGGAGGGCGCCCCGCCUCCUCCGCCCCUGGACCACCCAAUGCCACCUCUCGCCAAACCCAAGGGCAAGGGCAAAGGCAAAAAGCGUGAGUCCCAUCACAACAUCGUGAUCCCUCCUCCAAUGUUUCCUGGAGGCCCACUACCACCGCCGCCACCACCACCUGGUAUGGUACCAGCAGAUGCCGCACCACCUCCACCACCGCCCGGUAUCAUCAAUGUGACGCCUGGUGCUGCUCCGUCCCAUAUUUCCCGACCGGGACGGAAAGUUGCUCCUUCACCUUUCAUGCGGUGGGCAGCCGGAACUAAGCGUUCGCAGUCUUUAAAAGGGCUAAAAAAACCUGAGGGCCCGACUAGUCCAAUCGCUGCAGCAAACGCCAAUGCUGAAGGAUGUCUCGUUAUGUAAGAUCCCGCUGACGAGAAGACGUAGUGCCCGACGCCGAGUGGGACCACUGGAACCAAGCGGAGAACGUGCGCAUCAUUCGAAGAUACAGGCGAGUGGGCUGGUGAACUCAAGAGAAGGGAUGCAUUCCAAUCGUUUCGUUUGCUUUGCGGCAUUAUCGAUACCCACGCUCCGUCUUGGUUCGGCGGCUC